UCUCAAAACCGACUCCAAACGCCAAAUUCAACGUCUUUCUCUCUCCUAUCUCAGAUCUCUUCUUUCUGUAUUCGCACAAUACCUGCAUUUAACUAUUCAUUCUCCUUCCCAAACCCUAGCCCCAAAUUGAAACAUCUUUCAUCAUUCACCGCCUGAUUUCCCGCUCCAUUGAUUCCCCCAACAAAAGCUCCAAACUUUCAAUUGGAGGAGUAAUGGUUCACAUUUGUAAUGGAAGCCAGUAGAGUAGCUCUCAACAAUGCUGAUGGCGACACAGAAAAAUCCAGCUCCGGAGACGGACGGCCGCCGAUUCCCAACUCUAUAGCCGGCCGAGGAGCCUACCGACACUGCCUGGACUCAGGCGGCACGCCUCCUUUGAGCGCUAAGUCCCUUGUUCGCCAUCCCUCUUUGCAGGUGAAAAGUAGGGCAUCAGAAAUUGCGUUUGAACCAAGACUUAACCUAGAUGAUAGUGAUGCUGAAUAUGUGCCUCUUCUCCGGUCGGGAGCAUGGGCGGAUGUUGGCUCUCGCUCAUACAUGGAAGAUGUAUAUGUUUGUGCAGACAACAUGAUGAAUGACUAUGGUUUAAGCGGCUCUAGUGAGAGUCCCAGUGCCUUCUAUGGGGUUUUUGAUGGACAUGGAGGGAAACAUGCUGCUGACUUUGCGUGCUAUAAUUUGCCAAGGUUCAUUGUUGAGGAUGGAGAUUUUCCGCAGGACAUUGAGAGGGUACUGUCUUCGGCAUUUUUACAGACGGAUGCUGCUUUUGCAGAAGCUUGCUCCACGGAUGCAGAUCUUGCUUCGGGCACCACUGCUUUGGCAGCUCUGGUGAUUGGGAGGUCACUGGUGGUGGCGAAUGCUGGAGACUGCAGAGCAGUACUCUGUCGAAGGGGUAAAGCAAUUGAGAUGUCGAGAGAUCAUAAACCAGUGUGCUUGAGGGAGAGGCGUCGUAUAGAAGCCUCGGGAGGUUAUGUAUACGACGGCUAUCUCAACGGGCAGCUAAAUGUUGCUCGUGCAUUGGGCGACUGGCACAUGGAAGGAUUGAAAGGUGAUGAUGGCGGACCACUUACAGCAGAACCUGAACUCAUGACCACGAUGCUUACCGAAGAAGAUGAGUUUCUCAUCAUCGGGUGUGAUGGCAUGUGGGACGUGUUUCUGAGCCAAAACGCUGUGGAUUUUGCUCGUAGAAGACUCCAGGAGCACAACGACCCCUUGAUGUGCAGCAAGGAUCUCGUGGACGAAGCUUUGAAGAGAAAGAGUGGAGAUAAUUUAUCGGUGGUCGUGGUCUGCUUCCAGCCGGAGCCACCGCCCAAUUUGGUGGUCCCUCGUGGAAGAGUGCAUCGGAGCAUCUCUGCUGAAGGUUUGAAGGAGUUGCAGAGCUUCUUGGAUGACUUAGAUAUUUGAAGAUUAGAGAUUAGAUGGUUGUGGCAUCUUCCUCACUUCAUCUUUUUCUUUAUUAUUCUUGCUUGCUUAUUGUUGAGAGAGGAUGUAGUUUCCAACUGUAACAUAUGCGGCUACUGACAUUAGCUUUCCCUUUUUCCACUUUCA